ACUCGGCUUUGACUUCGAUUUCUGCCGCCCCCCGCUCCCAACCACCCCGUCUUGAACAAAAGCGACCCAGAACAACACAAAGAAAACUGCCCAAAGCGAACCGAGACAAUAAUAAACAAGCUGCGAAGUAGCAACCACACAAUCGCACGUCUUGACGUUUAUAAAACGCUCAAAAGACAAAUGAAAAGGCAGUCGCGAAAUAUUAAAAAAAAAAAUUGAUUCAAAUAAGCGUUGUUAUAAUUUGUUAAAUGGUUUUGAUGAAGGAAAUCUGGCGUGUCGUUAAAAUUAAGUCUAAGAAACUUGUAAACUAAGCUAACGCGCCCAAAUUCGAAGCCUCAUCGAACUUUGUUAAGUGAAUUGCUGGCUGUGAAGUGAAGGCCUUUUGAGCCACUCCAAAAUUUUCAACAACAGCAAACAAAACGGCUAGAGUCCGCUUAAGGCGACCAUCGAGUGCCAACUAUAUGUAGCCCAUCCCGGGAAAAUAGACAAACCCACGAUAACGUCGCGAGCACCUGGAAAUUCGAGUGCGGGCACCAAGGACUUUGUUAGCAUGAUACCACACUGUGGAUACCGUUACAUGUGGAACCGUGAAAUUGUGAUAAACUCGCAAAAGUUGGUGAAACGACGUUAAGCAGAAGAAUCCAAGUUGUCCGACCACGCCGAGCAUUUUGCGGCAGCAGUUGGAUCCCACGGACAGAGCAACAGGAACCGAAGGACAGACAAACAUUUAAAAGCCAUAACUCAAAUACUAUCAUAGAGUUUUAAACUUUGAAAACGUUUUUUGCGUUUUGGCACCAGUCGCGUUCAGAUUUAACUUAAAUUUUAACCGACAGUUAACCUCAAGUUGGCAAAAAUCCGUACUAUUUGUGAACGGUUUUUUUGUGUUUCUAUUUACCCAGCCAAGUGCUGGACUUAUAACCGCUUUACCAGCACGUUCUCAAGCCUAUUCGAUUGUACAUUCAAAAUUGACUCUGUGAUUUUUUACUUUUCUUUUGUCAAUAUUUUAUAUAUAUUAUUUACUUACCAUUUAUACGAAAAUUGUUCAUAUCAUUAUUUACAAAGCGCAUAUCUUUAAAAAAUUAUUUGUAGGUUUUUGUCUAGAUUUAGAUGAUUUUUCAUUGUUUUAUAUUUUAGUCUAGUGUUUCUUGACAGUCUUGUUUAUAGUUUAGAUUAGGUCAUCAAUCUAACAAUACAUUUUUUCUGCCCAUCCUUUACUGCCUUUACUUGAAACUUGAAAUACACUUUCCUUACACUCGACAACAUAACGAUUCACUGCUGCCGCAAACAUGAGUACAUAUAUAUUCAUGCAAGCCUAUGAAUGUCUUCUGGACCAAAAGGCAACCAUUAACUGCAUCGACUAUGAGAGGAACAGCUAUCAGCCCAUCAUCGAUGCUGUCAGCCAGCCGAUAAUUCCCGUAAACAAAGUACCAUUCGCUGCAUCUUCCGUCGCUGCUUCACUCGUUUCUUCCGCCGAUUACCAGCUCGGCGAUCCCCCAUCCCUUGUUCUGCAGCAAUUGACACCGCCGCAGUCUCCGCCCCAAUUCGAUGCUUACAAACAGCCAGUGGAAUCGCCACAGCCCGUGCCUGUUAAGGCCGAGCAGAAGGUGCAAUGCUAUACUCCUGAUGCCACAAGUGCGGCAGCCGCCACACCCUUCAAUUUCAACAACUGGGUGGGCGGCAGCGAAAUCGCACGCGAGAACCAACUGGUCGAUGAUAUCGUCAAUAUGCGCGCCAAGGAGCUUGAGUUGACCACAAACUGGCCGCAGUUCAAUGACGACUGCGAAUCUCAGGCCUCUUCCUCGCUGGAUAGCAGGAGCACAGGCAGCGGAGUAAAUGGAAGCAUCGCCGACGUGGACGAGGACUGGCUGCCAGAAACCACCAGCAGUUGCUCCUCCCCAGCUCACACUUCGGUGGAGCAGUCUGUGGCCAAGCCAAAGAAGCGUACUCGCACAUACGGUCGCGGUGUGGAGGAUCGCAAGAUCCGGAAAAAGGAGCAGAACAAGAACGCCGCCACACGGUACCGCCAGAAGAAGAAGCUCGAAAUGGAGAACGUGCUGGGCGAGGAGCAUGUACUGUCCCAGGAGAACGAGGAGCUUCGCCGCACUCUGCAGGAGCGUCGCAACGAGAUGCGCUAUCUGCGCCAGUUGUUACGCGAUUUCUACCGAAACCGCAAGCGCUAGGCUUUAUCCUUUGUUUCAUUUAGAUUUCAAUGUCGUUUGCAAAGUUAUCGUUAUCGUUAGACCCAACACUCUCCCACAUUCUCUUAACAACUGCAUAAUGUUUCAAUGUAACCCCCAUAACAACAACAAUCACCAGCUUACCCAAAGCUUUGGAAAACAAUUAUGCACGCAGUCUGUCUUGGCCCUCAUUUUUUGGCACUUAUGACGAGUCACCGAAUUCCGAAAUAUCCUAUGCCAAUGGUGGCCAAUGGCAAGCCUAAACCCCAUGCGAUACAGGUCGAUUUGCAUUCUCGAAAACCUUUUUGAGUUGUUUUUUGUGCGGAUUGGCCUGUGACGCGACUGCUGUACUAGUUUGAAAACCAUUUUAUUUUUUGACAAAUGUAGUAGAUUUACUUUAUUGAUUUUUCAACAGUAUGUAAUACAGAAUAUUAUUCAACAUGUAUCAGCAAUAAAUCAAAAGGGUUUUUAAAA